AAGCGCUCUAGAACAAAUCAGCUGGUCUUUUAAAAAUACAUAUUUGUUUUUGUUUAAACCCUAUCGUAUCAUCAGCCGCGACUCUGUCUUCUUAGUACUUUUUUUUUUAUUUAUUUUCUUGUUUUUUUUUGCAACGAUUGUAAGAGAGCUUUUCGUAGCUUUCCCCUGCGAUAAGAAAGUAUCGGUACUCGCACACAGCUCGUAGAUUUCAUUUUAAAAAGUAGCUUUACUUAAAAUAAAAUCAGGACAAUGUCCUCUGGAAAGAUUCUGCCACGUCGCCAGGCAGUGCCCGUCCUGUACACGAGGGGCACCCACUACGAGGUGGGCUUCGACAUGGGUCGCACAUUCGGCUCGAUGAUCAAGAAUUUUCUGAUCUUAUCCAAGCCCCUCAACGAGACCUACUUACCUCUGUACCAGUCCCCAAAAGGCAGGCAAAUCUAUAACGAGACCCUGGGAUCGGUGAAGGACAGCUUUCCGCAAUAUAUUCGGGAACUGGAGGGCGUGGCCGAUGGUGCGGAGGUGGAAUUCCAUAAGUUAUUCCUAUUGCAUCUGGAUGAAAUUCUGCCGCAAGCCUUGAAGCACCAACCGCGUAGCAAGAACCAACCAACCGGCUGCUCCACGAUCAUUGUCAACCACAAAAAUUGCCGCCUGCUGGGCCACACCGAAGAUGCCCUGACAGAGACUCUUAACCAUUACUACUUUGUGGAUGCCCACAUUAUCAGCGACAAGCCGCAGGGCAAGUACAACGUGAAGGAGGAGCACUUUAUGUCCCUGUGCUAUGCCGGACAUUUGCCUGGCUACACCAUGAACCAGAACCACCAUGGACUGGUCUUCAGCAUCAACACCAUCAGUGCGGAGCUCUUGCGUAGCGGAAAGACCCCUCGUCACUUUAUCACCAGAGCCCUCUUGGCCACCAGCAAUGUGGACGAUGCCUUCAGGGUGCUCAAGGAUGCCGGCGUGGGAGCUGCAGAUGCCUGCUCCAUCAACUUUACCUUCCUGGCAGAUCCCCGGCAGAUGUGCUACAAUGUAGAGAUGGCUCCCUCGCCGGAGCGCAAAAACGAAUCGCAUUUGAGCAUCAAGGAGAUACCCCUUGGCGAGCAUAAUUACCACGUCAACCAAUUCGAUCGCAUCCGCCAGGACCAGGCCAACGAUCUGAUGAUCGACUCUAGCGUCUCCCGGAUGACCACCUUUGGCUGCUAUAAGCCGCCGGCAAGCGAGCAGGAUGUCCGCCACAUGCUGGGCGACGUGUCCGGCGGCACCUAUUGCGUCUGGCGAGAGGAUGGCAGCCCCGAUGAGGCGGUGAAGACCAUAGCCGUGGGCAUCUUUGAUCUCAGUGCCAGGACCAUGUCCCUGUACUCGGACAAUCCCAGCGAGACGCAGCCCCACUGCCGUCUGCCGUUGCUCUUCAAGUAGGAUUGCCGCAUUUACUCUGCUGCAGUGAUUUUAAAACGAAAUGAAUUUGAAAAGGAUAUAUACAUAUAAAUUGUAUAAAUUUUAAAUGGAACUCCAGAGUGAACAUCUGAAUUUAUUAGCACCUUGAGAGCUUUAACUAUUUCAAUUGUUUACUUGGUCUCUGGUUUCUAGUUAAUCUUAUGUGCAGUAUUUAAAAGGAAAUAGUUUUUAACAAUUUCAAAUUUUAUUUUAUUAUAAUUAAGCAUUAUUUUAAACUGUAUUUUCCGUGCUUUUCACGGUUGUCAGAUCAUUCCAAAGUGUUUCCAAACCCUGCCAGGUAUAAAUAAAUACAAAAUUCACUUUCCCAAGUGUACUUAUGUUAUUUUUUGGCUUGGAGUGCGGUUUCCCGUUUAAUUUGUUUAUAACGUUCAACUAAACCUUUCAAUUUGUACUUUAUUUUAAUGAAUAUAUUUUUGUAUGCAACUCAAAUGUCUUUUAUUUGGAAUCCUUGGCAACCUAGUUGGGUAAUUCGAAAUCAAAGACUAAAAAUAAAUAGAAAACGAAAACAAAA